AUGUGUGGUGUAAAUUUUUGGACUUUCGCAGUUUUAAUGGUUUGUUUAGCAAGAUCAAGUGUACACGCGGGUCUUACUAAGGAGGAAAUAGCCACAGUGUUGGAUAUUACUAAGCCACAUUUAGAAGAAUGCUCUAAAGAGCACGGUGUAUCCUUAGAUAAUUUGAAAGAAAUUGAAGAUGAAACUAAUGAAAAUUUUAGUUGUUUUAUGUCUUGCUUCUUAAAGAAAAUUGAAGUCUUUGAUGAGAAAGGCAUCUUUGACCCUAAAAAAUCAAAAGAAAAUGCAAGGUCAUUCAUAAAAAACGAAGAAACACUAACUUUAUUCGACAAAGUCGCAGAUGAAUGCUCCAAAGUAAAUGACGCAGAAGUAAGUGAUGGCAUCGAAGGCUGCGAAAGAGCCAAGCUGUUGUCUGAUUGUUGGAAGGAACACUUAGGAAAACUGAUGUAG